CCGACCCCCGAACAUGGAUGUAUUAAGAGAACCGUUUGACAUUUUUAGAGAGCCCUGACACUCAAAACAGAUAUCAGCAUUGAACUGAAAAAUGUAAGAAAAAUUUACACUACUGUCACAGCGACUCUCGGGGUAUAAUUUGUGGGUUUAAACGCGACAUUAUGAUCAGUUGGAGGCCGAGAACUGUUGGCUUUGAGACACACGGCCGACCGUUCAGCUGGUAAUGCAACGUAACGUUAUUUUUCACAGCAGGUUUGUAUUUUCUUUUUUUAUAAACGGAUGUGUCAUUAUCAGCGCACAGACUCUUUUGCGUUAUUGACUAUGCCAACCGCAUGACAGCGUGUUUAAUUGAUACCCUCGCCGACCUAAAAUAGCAUAUUUUAGCUCACUGAGUUUGCAGCAAUGGCUUCGGCGCUGAGUUGCUUCAGUGGUCCCGAGGUGUUGGAGGACGUGAAUCACGCUCGGGGUUUGAUGGACGAGUUGAAAUUACUGUACAACUGCCGGCUGCUCGGUGACGUAACUAUCGGAGUUGAGUGGGAAGAGGAGUCACUGGAGCACAGCGGGGAGUCAGCCAGAGGUGACAUUGACCAACUUUUCCUGUGUAGCCGCAACGUCCUCGCCGCUGCCAGCCCUUACUUCAAAAGCAUGUUCACCGGGGGGUUAAAUGAGAGCAUGCAGCAGAGAGUGGUCAUCCGCGGGGUGGACUUUGAGUCCAUGUCUGUUAUCAUCGACUAUUGUUACACUGGCAGGGUGACCAUCACGGAGAGCAACGUCCAGAGGCUGUACGCAGCGGCCAAUAUGCUCCAGCUUGAGUACAUCAGGAAAGCAUGCUCCAGUUUCAUGACAAGGAGGCUGGACCUCUCAAACUGUGUGGGGAUACUGAAAUUUGCAGACACAUAUGACAACCCUGAAUUGAAGGAGAAUGCUCAAGCUUUCAUAGCCAGGAACUUCAGCCAGGUGUGUAUUGGAGAGGAGCUUUGUGAGCUGGAUUUGAUGCAGCUGAAGGAGAUGUUGUCUCUGGACACUUUGGAUGUGGACUGUGAAAGGAAGGUAUGCUCAGCUGCUUUGCAGUGGAUAGAGGCGAAUGCACCACAGAAAAGGGAAGAUGCACUACAGGCACUGAAGUGUGUGCGCUGGAACUUGUUUACAGAGAAGGACAAGUGUUACCUGGAGGGCCUUAUGGCAAGGCCUUUAAUUGAGAAGUACCUUGCAUCUUUUUUUAACAGGUCUGCAGAGGAUGGCUGUGGAAUGUCUGCAACUCUGGACAUACCGAAACACAGAAUAGGUGUAAGUGCAAAAGAAAUGAUUCUCUUCUUUGGCCUACCUAAUGACAACAUAAUGUGCUGUGACCCUUACUCAGAGGACCUGUAUUUCAUGGCUCCUCCUUUAGAAGACCUCAGCAGUCAGGAUUACAAACGUUCCACCAUGGAGUCUUUAAUCGCCUGUGCCACACCUGAAAACAACUUGUACCUAGCCUCCCACCUCUCUAAACAUUUCUGGCUGUACAACCCUGUGCUCAACAGCUGGCAGGAGUUGGCAGAGAGACCACUGGGGAGGAUGCACUCUGGAAUGGGCUACCUCAACGGUCAUGUGUACCUUUUGGGAGGAAGAAAUCCAGUGACUGAUGCCAGACUUAAGGAGGUGGAGUGUUACAGUGUCCAGAGGAACCAGUGGACAUUUGUGGCUCCUUUGCCUCAUUCUUUGGGUAAAAUGCAGGUGGUGGCACUAAAUGACCACCUGUAUGUGGUGAACAAAAGGAGAAUGCUUUGCUAUGAUCCCAAGAGGAACCGCUGGCGCCACUGUGGCUCACUGAGAAGGGACAAGCUUCACAAGGCCUGCGUGUAUCAGGACCAGAUCAUCUGUGUGUGUGACAUCCCUGUGGUGAAAGCCUACAGCCCCACCAGGGGAGAGUGGAAGAGGUUGGGUGACAUUCCCAUUGACAGCCGUGCUCUAAAUUACCAGGUGAUCCAGCACAACAACAAGCUGCUCCUCCUCACUCAGACUUUAUUGCAGCACAACAAAAACAGGGUCCUCAUCCAUGAAUACGACCCAGCCAGGGACACAUGGAAGAACAUCAUGGCAGUGUAUGUGUCCACCCUGGGGCCCGUGUGUGUUUCAACACGCGUGUACCCGGCAUGCCUUGGCUCUGCCCACAGCUUCUCUACAGAGGAGGACGACGACAGUGGCUCCAGUGCCGACUGGGACUUUGAUGGGUUGACAGACGCAGACUCUGACUCGGGCAGCUCUAGCUCUUUCUCAGACGAGAACUGGUAGUGAAAUGUGUUACUGUGUCAAAGAAAGGUUUAACUUAUUUAUAAUUGAGUGGAUUUUUAGUACAUGGUUCUGUGUGUCAGGAGAGAUCACAGUUCCAUUUAGUAUUUAAGCCAGCCAUUUACAGUGGAAGCACGAGCCCAUCAAAAUAUUUACAUGGACGUCUUUCUUUUCACCCAUCUGGCUAAUUUACUGAAGGAGAGAAGAAACUAAGCAGAUUUGGUUUCAGAAAUGCCAAAAGAUAAGGGCUUUGCUGCAUAGUUUGUAUCAUGUGCUGCCAGCAUGAAGGACAGUAUGAUGUAGAGUCUUGUUUACACAAAAACAAGACAUACAUGAUAGAAAUAUAGCUGUUCAACAACAAUUUCAUACUUUAAAGUCAUACUUUAGCCCUUUAAUAAGGGCAGCUAAAUGAAGGUUACUCCAGAGUUACAGUAUUACACUUUUUUUUUUUUUAAAUAUAAAAUUUGGGGAACUGGCAACACAGAUUAAAACAAAAAACUGUCAAAGUGAAGCAGCAGAGGCUAUAACUAAUUGCUGGAAGGUCGUUCCAGCAAUUAGUGCUCUGAUGCUGCCAAGGCUCAUUAAGCAAACACAUCAGUCAAAUACAAAAGCCAAAUAUCUUGCUCUUGAGUUCACUGUCAAUAAAGCAAGAGUGUCUUUUUCGUGUGUAACACCCCUGUUAGCUACUUUCUUUUCAGUUUCUUAAGGGGUGUAUGGCAAAAAGCGUUUGGGGACCGCUGCCAUAUUGCAAAUUGUUAAUUUCUUUAUACUUGGUAAUUUUCUUCCAGAACUAUGAACACUAUAAAUAACUAAAUAUUACCCCCCAUGACUAGUAAAUUGGCUUUGAUGUGUUAAAUCGGCGGAGGGCCCUUUUUAAUGCUCUUGGCUUUUGUUGUUAUAUAAAGACACGUUUGUGACAGAAAUAUAACUUUUAUUUGGCUUGAAUAAAUGAGCACACCUCCUCUACUAUGAGCAGCAACUAUGAUUGAUGUAAAAUCAUGACUGUGAUUUUUGGGACAUCGGGCAGCUCAAGUGCCUCAUGUUUAUGACUUCAAACACAACUGGGCAUUUACAGGGCUUUAACAUUUGCUGUACUGUUUAUGUUGUUGAAUGCACAUCAAGACGUCACACACACACACACACACACACACACCUGGUGUUGUGAAAACUACUGUAUGAAAUGUAGAAGCCAAUGUACUGUACGCUCACUCAGGUUUAGGCUUCAGCGAAAGCCUGUAUGCCAUGAUUAACUUUUUUUCUGAGAUGCAGUAAAAUUGAUUGAUGAUUUUGGUGACAAAUUAUACAUCUUAUCAAAUUGAUUUGAAACUAUUGUAUGGCGUUAAUGUAUGUGUUUUCUUAUCUAGGAUUUUUAACUUAAGAUAUAUGUCACAAUCACGGAUCAAAAUGUUUUUACAAUGUUUUGAACUGGGCUGCCCGAUAUGAGGAAAAUAUACAACAUGCGAUAAUGUUGAAUAUCGUGAUAACAAUAUUACUCGUGAUACAUAAACAGAUGUUAAAAUGUACUCAGUUCUGCUGCUUUCAGUAUUUUUCUACAAUACAACAAAUUGCUUUGUUGUAUUUAAAACAAAUACAAGGAAAUCCUUUUUCAACAUUCUUUUAUGGACAAAUUGAACAUUAUAUUGAAUAUAAAAGGCACCACUAAAAAAGAGUGACAGUUACAUUUUAAAGUGCAGUUUUCUACUGAUAUUUUCUUUCAACUAACACUAUUGCGAUAUGUUGCAGUCUUUCACGAUGUGUAUAUUGCGCCAGUUGAUAUUGCGAUGACGAUUUAAAAAAAAAAAAAAAGCUAUAUUGUGCAGCCCUAGUUUUGAAUAUUGUUUGGUCCUGAUGAGUUGUUGUAAUUUGAGGAGUUUCUGUCUACAUGUAGUGAAACUGUUGCAAAGCCAUCGUCCUCCCCAACCACCCCACUGUUACCAGUUUGUUAGCUGUGAACACAGAAGGGUCUACUCUCAUUGAUACAAAUGCUGUAGACACCUCUCAGUAUAUAGGCGAAUGCAAUACCACAAGUUACAGCCUCCAAAAUGAACAUACAGUUGAAUCAACACCUCUGUAACACUGAACAUUAUAUCCUUCAUGAAGGUAGGAUUAAUUACAGGGCUGUUGUUUGAGGCUGUAUUAGCUUCCACUAGUUGUUGGUCUGAUUUAUAAAGCUGUUUUGGUGUAUGUGUCAAAUAAAUGUGUCUGAUGCAGAAGAG